CUGUGCGUCGUGACGCCGUUUCCGGUCGUCGCGCGAGAGCUGCGGCUGCAGUUUGACAGCGGCGGAGGUGUGCGACGAGUCUCGGCGGAGGUUAUGUGUUUGUAGAAAAGAUAUAAAUGCUCUUUCGCUGCAGAGAUCGCGCUGACAGCACCGCCAUCGGCUCAGUGACGCCUCGACGCGCGAUGUUUGGCGAGCGCUGGCUGCUGCGCUUGAAGGUGACUCGGUGUUUGUGUUUGUCACUGCCGAUGUGUGAUUGGCGCUCUGCUACUGUCCGCCAGCAUGGUAGACAUGGAGAAGCACUACAGCCCCCCGUCGCCGCUGGACGACUCCGUGAUGGACAGUCCUCUGUGUCGGGACUUCAUCGGGGGAAUGCAAGACCUUCAGGACAUCUCUCAGUCCAUCGAAGAGGACGCUCUCAGCAGCUUCGAGGCGACCGAGAACCAGUCUUCAGGUCUGGGCUCUGGAUCCGAGAGCUCCACUGCGUUAGAUGCACUGAGUCCCGCCUCCAGCCCGGCGUCAGGUGUGUACGGUGGCCUGGCGGGACAGGACGAGUUCACCUGCACCUCUCUGAACCUGGAGUGCCGCGUGUGUUUGGACCGCGCCUCAGGAUACCACUACGGGGUUCACGCCUGCGAGGGCUGCAAGGGUUUCUUCCGCCGGACCAUUCGCCUCAAGCUGGAGUACGAUAAAUGUGAACGACGCUGUAAGAUCCAAAAGAAGAACCGAAACAAGUGCCAAUACUGUCGCUUUCAGAAGUGCCUGUCUGUGGGCAUGUCCCACAACGCCAUUCGCUUUGGGCGAAUGCCACAGUCGGAGAAGCUGAGGUUGAAGGCGGAGAUCCUAACAGGAGAACGAGAGGUCGCGGACCCUCAGGUGGCCGAUCAGAAAACCCUGGCCAAGCAGAUCUACGAGGCCUACCUGAAGAACUUCAACAUGAACAAAUCCAAAGCACGGACCAUCCUGACGGGCAAGACAAGCAUGCCGCCUUUUGUCAUCCACGACAUGGAGACGCUGCAGCUGGCAGAACAGACUCUUGUGGCCAAGAUGGUGGGCUCUUCUGGGGCUCUGCUGAAUAAAGAUGCAGAAGUUCGAAUAUUCCACUGCUGUCAGUGCACUUCGGUCGAGACGGUGACCGAACUGACUGAGUUCGCCAAGUCUGUGCCAGGCUUCUCAAACCUGGAUUUAAAUGACCAGGUGACAUUAUUAAAGUACGGCGUCCAUGAGGCGCUCUUCGCCAUGUUGGCAUCAUGCAUGAAUAAAGACGGUCUGCUGGUGGCGCACGGCAGCGGCUUCAUCACCAGAGAGUUCCUGAAGAGCUUACGACAGCCGUUCAGUCAAAUGAUGGAGCCCAAGUUUCAGUUUGCAAUGAAGUUUAACUCCCUCGAGCUGGACGAUAGUGACCUCGCACUGUUUGUUGCUGCCAUCAUCUGCUGUGGAGAUCGUCCAGGCCUGGUGAACGUCCCACACAUCGAGCGAAUGCAGGAGAGUAUCGUAAACGUGCUUCAUCUGCACCUCAAGAGCAACCAUCCCGACAACGGGUUCCUCUUCCCCAAACUCCUGCAGAAACUAGUGGACCUUCGGCAGCUGGUGACGGAGCACGCUCAGCUCGUGCAGGAGAUCAAGAAGACAGAAGACACUUCGCUGCAUCCCUUACUGCAGGAGAUUUACAGAGACAUGUACUGAGUCGCCUUUGGCUCAU